AUGUCUGGCAAGAUGACUGCUGCUAAAUCCGCUGCUAGGGCACAAGUUUCAACUGAAGUUGUUGUUAAGAAACCAGGAUUUGAUGCCUACUCUAAAUUAGUUAAAGAAGCUGUUGCUGGUAUCCCAGAACUUAAGGGAGUUAAAGUAAUUAGUGCCAAGAAAAUAACUAUUAGCAAAGACAAAAAGGCCACUGUCAUCUUUAUUCCAUUGAGAAUGAUGAGAAUUUGUAGAGCUUCAUUCGAAAAAGUUAUUGAAGCCCUUGAAAAGAAACUUAAUGGACCAGUUUUCAUUAUUGGUAAGAGAGUCGUCGCUCACACUAAGAAAGUUGGACAAUCAGGAAAAACUGAUUACAAACCAAGAUCAAGAACUUCAAAAGCUGUUCAUGAAGCUUAUUUGAAUGAAAUGUUAUACCCAAUCGAAGUUGCUGGUCAAAGAGUUCAUGUCGCUUUAGCUCAUAAGAAAGUUACUAACUCUAAAACUGUCUUUGUUGCUGUUGAUGAUGCUAAAUUAAAGAAUACAGUUAAAGCUAAACUUCCAAUCUACUCAGCUGUUUACAAGAACAUUACUGGUGAAAAGGUCAAAUUUGCAUUCCCAGUUGUCGCUUAA